AUGUGGGGCCCGCAACCGGCUUGUCCUGCCGGCGUCGAUGACUCUCUCGGCCCGUGGGCCGGAGACGAGUGCCGGGGCGGCUUCGACUUUACGCUGCUGUUCGAGGAGGCCGUUCUCGCGGUUCCCCUGCAUUGUCUGCUGCUGCUGGUCCUUCCCGCCUGCGCCCUGCGCCUCGCCGGGGCCGAUGUCAAGGUCGUUGCCAGCACCCAGCGUGCUCUCAAAGCUUGUGCAUCCAUCUGUUUGGUAGCCCUCAACCUUGCUCUGCUCGUUCUCUGGGCCACCACUUCGUCUGCCGCCAUCACGCACACCCGAGCAACGAUUCCAGCCGCUGUUCUGGGUCUGCUCGCCUCGCUGGGAGUCGGCUUGCUAUCAUGGCUCGAACACGACCGGUCUGUGAGACCGUCCUUCGUCCUCUCGACGUACCUCUUCCUGUCCGUCUUGCUGGACACCGCCCGUGCCCGCACUCUGUGGAUGCUUGGCCCGAACCAGACCAUCCCGGCCAUCUUCACCUGCACGCUGGCCCUGAGGGCCGUGAUGAUCCUGCUUGAGUCGACCGAGAAGCGCCGCAUUCUGGUCCCGCAGCACAAAGGAUAUUCCAAGGAAGUGACCAGCGGCACCUUCAACCGCUCCGUCUUUUUCUGGCUGACGUCACUCUUCAUCAACGGGUACAGAAACAUCCUCAAGCUGGAAGACUUGUACCCCCUCGACCCGAAGCUGGCUUCCGAGCCGCUCUACAAGAAACUGGCGGACGCGUGGGGUCAAGUCCCCGACAAAACCAGGCCCGGCGCUCUGUUCAGCACCUGGCUCCGCGUGUUCGCGGGACCCAUGUCCGCGGCCGUCGUUCCGAAACUCUUCCAGAUCGGCUUCAACUACGCACAGCCGCUGCUCGUCCAGCAGGCCAUCGAGCUCGCUGGCCUGCCCCAGACCCGGGAAUACCGCAAUCGCGGUUUUGGCUUGAUAGGCGCUUACGUCCUCGUCUACACCGGUAUUGCAGUUUCGACGGGCCAGUAUGAGUGGCGGACGCAUCGUACGGCCGCCAUGCUGAGGGGCAGCACAACCGCCCUCAUCUAUCAGAAGGCGCUGCGUUUGGAUUUGACUUCGCCCAACGUCAGCCCUGCGGGUGCGCUGACGUUGGUCGGGACAGAUAGCGAGCAGAUCAGCCAGGGCGUCAACCAGCUACACGAGAUAUGGGGUGGUCUCGUCGAGAUCGGCAUCGGUAUCUACUUGAUCUACAGGCAGCUUGGCGCCGCGUGUGCCAUGCCAGUCGCGCUCGUAUUUGCCACCAUAAUCUUGAUGGGAUUCUUGGCAGUUCCCACUGGCAAAGCAUCCGCGCAAUGGAUCAAGGCUUCGCAGGACCGGGUCACGACAACCUCCAAGACCCUCGGCAGCAUCAAGUGGCUCAAGGUAUCCGGCCUCAAUGAUGUGGCAUUCUCCGUCAUACAGAACCUCCGCAGUACCGAAUUGGUCGUGUCCAAGAGGUACAGAGUUCUCCUUGGCAUCUCCAUGAUGUUGAUGAUUUGCACCCCGAUUUGGUCUCCGAUCCUCACGCUGGGCACAUUUGCGGGAAUCGCCUCUGGAUCGAAUGAGGUCUUGACAAUCUCCAAAGCCUUCACAGCCAUUUCCAUCUUGACACUGGUGAACCAGCCUCUAGCGGGCAUCAUCAUGGCCCUGCCCAUCACAGCGACCGCGGUCACUUCUUUCCAGCGCAUUCAGGACUUCCUGAACGGAAAGGAGAGGGCCGACACCAGAGUGGUCACGGUAAGUGAGAAGAGACGCUCAAUAUCUUUUGUGGCCCCAGAGACCUCGAAGAGAGUUUCCACCCCGAUUCAGGACGUUGAGCUCUCAGAGGUCUGCAAAUCCGAGGCAUGCAGUAAAAGCCUUCCCCAGGAUAUCAUCGCCUCCGUGAAGGGGUCCUUCUCUUGGUCUGACGAUGCCAAACCUGUCAUUGACAUUGAGUCCUGGAGCAUUCGACGUCGAGCGUUCACGCUGGUUCUGGGUCCGGUUGGUUCCGGCAAGUCGACGCUACUCAAGGCUCUCCUAGGUGAACUUUCGUCUUUUAAGGGUACCCUCUGCACCAACUUCUCAGGGGCUACCUACUGCGGACAGUCAGCCUGGAUUCCAAACGCUGCGGUUCGUGAUAUUGUUAUCGGCCACGGAGUCUUUGAAGAAGCCUGUUACAAGAGAGUGAUUGCAGCGUGUGCCCUCGAACAAGACAUCGCGAGCUGGCCAAACGGCGACAGAACAGUAGCUGGGACGAAGGGUAUUUCUAUGAGUGGCGGUCAGAAACAUCGCUUGGCCAUUGCCAGAGCUUUGUAUGCACGUCAAGAGGUACUUCUGCUUGAUGAUGUCUUCAGCGGUCUUGACUCUGGCACAGAGGAAAUCGUGUUCGGCAAUCUCCUUGGUAGCAACGGCUUGCUUCGUAACAAUGACACGACCGUGGUCCUGGUCUCAUCAGACUCCCGUCGCCUCCCCUUUGCCGACGAUGUGGUGUUCCUCAACGAAGACGGCCAAAUCAAAGCCGCAGAACUCGCGUCCACGGCCAGCCAACUCUCCAGACUAGUAAAACCAAGCGCUGUGUCAAAUACUUCGAAAGAUGCAACCGUAGAUACAUCUGGCCUGGGAAAUGAAAAGCCCCCUGAGGCGAUCAUCAACGCGCUGGAGGAACAGGCAGAUGCAACCCGGCAACUCGGCGACUGGGCCAUGUACAGCUUCUACGCCAAAGCGGCGGGAUGGUUCAGCCUAUCUAUGUUUGCCGGCUUCAUGGUCGUGUUUGCAUUCUUCGACUCCUUCCCCGACAUCUGGCUCAAAUGGUGGACAGAGGCAAAUGAACAGAGACCAAACCAAGAUCUCGGCAAGUGGGUGGGCGUUUACGCCGCUCUCGGCGUGGGAUCGAUUGUCUCGUUCUUUAUCAGUAUAUGGUUUCUCUUCAUCAUCAUCAUAAACCACUCUGGCGUCUACUUCCACAGCGUUCUUCUGGACACUACAUCACGCGCUCCCAUGUCAUUCCACAGCUCCGUCGACAGCGGCGUCACCGUCAACAGAUUCAGCCAAGACCUCCAGCUCAUAGAUAUGGAGCUCCCCGCCGCCGCUCUCGGUGUCGCCGUCGGCGUUGUCUUCGGCAUCGCCCGCUUCGUCAUGAUGUCCGUGUCCUCACGCUACAUGGCCGUCAUCCUCCCCUUCCUCGUCCCCGCCUUCUACGCGCUCCAACACUUCUACCUGCGCACCUCGCGCCAGAUGCGUCUUCUCGACAUCGAGCACAAGGCGCCUCUCUACACGCAGCUCAUCGAGACACUGGAGGGUCUCGCUACCAUUAGAGCCUUCAAAUGGGAAGACGCUUUCGAGGCGGCUAAUAUGCAUCGCCUGGAUGACUCGCAGCGGCCCAGCUAUCUUCUCAGCUGCCUCCAGCGGUGGCUGACUUUCGCCGUGGACAUGACUAUUACAGUCAUCGCUUUGAUCCUGAUCGUUCUCGUGACGACCCUUCGAGAACAGAUCGGACCUGCGUUCAUCGGUAUUGCGCUGAACAAUGUUCUCUCCUUCAGCGGUGUGAUUAAGGCGCUUAUCACGUCUUGGGUUAUGCUCGAGGUGUCGCUGGGCGCGGUGGCUAGGGUGAGGAACUUUGCUGCCAGCACGAAGCCUGAGGGUGCCUCAGAUGAGCUCCUUGAACCGGAAGGAGAGUGGCCUAGUCGCGGGGCUGUCGAGUUCCGCGAUGUUACAGCAUCGUAUCUGUCAGGGGGCACUGUUCUCAAAGGCAUCUCCUUGUCUAUUGAACCUGGACAAAAAGUCGCCAUUUGUGGACGAACCGGCAGCGGCAAAAGUUCCAUAGUGCUGUCUCUCCUCCGCAUGCUCGAUCUAGACAGCGGCUCCAUCACCAUAGAUGGCGUCGACCUUUCCACCCUUCCCCAUGAAUACGUACGCUCCCAUCUCGUCGCCGUGCCGCAGGAGUCGUACAUCUUUGAUGGCAGCGUGCGGCUCAACAUCGACCCGAGCGGGACCGUGCCAGACUCUGAUGUUGUCGAGGCCCUCGAGAAGGUGAAGCUCUGGGGCAAGAUCGAAGAACGAGGCGGCCUCGAUGCGUUGAUUGACGACAAGUUCUUUUCGCAGGGUGAGGCGCAGCUUUUGGUCUUUGCCAGAGCCAUGCUGCGGAAGGGCAAGGUCCUGAUUCUCGAUGAGAUCACGAGCAGUUUGAAUGACGAGUCAAGUCACGUCAUUGAUGAAGUCUUGCGAUCCUGGUUCCAGGACUGGACCAUCAUCGCCAUCGCACACAAGCUGGAAUCCAUUGUGGACUUUGACAGAGUUGCGGUCGUUGAUGCCGGUGAACUGGUCGAGUAUGGCACACCGAAAGAGCUCCUUGAGAGGAGUUCAGCGUUCAAAUCUUUGUAUCAUCGGUCAUCCACGACGUGUGAUUGA